AUGUGUAUCCUCAUUGGUGUACCUAUAGUAGCACUCUUCGUAGGCAAUAGGAUGGUCAAGAAACUCUUCCCUACAUCCGCUUCCAAUGCCAUCCCUUACCGUAGGGAUAGCGUUAUCGACUUGGAGAAUGGUAGAGCUAGGGUCUCCACGAUCGACUCAGUUAUGGAGAACACUACAUCACAGAGCUUCUUUAAGGCAUGGGACUACUGGGUUGAGGAUAAUACUACUACUGCUACGGUGAAUGAGGAGGCAACCUCAGCUGCUGGUGAUGUUGAUGAGCCAUGUGCUAUAUGUCUAUCAGAGUAUCAAGUGGGAGAGGUAUCAAGGAGCCUUCCUUGUGGUCAUACCUUCCAUACCUCUUGUUUUGAUAACUGCUUUGCCUGUCGUCCACGAGGCUUCAAGUUGCAUCAUGUUUGUCCACUUUGCCGUGCAGCAUUAGGUCCAACUCUGGUUGAACUCAAAAGGGUUAGGGAUGAUGACGAGAAGGAAAGGGAGGAAGAGGAGGAAGCUGGUGGUCCCCAAGGGGUGGGACUGGAGGGAACGCCCUCUGUCCUUCCUGCUACUGUCGCUAAUCCAUCGAAUGAAGCAGCGAGUACGUCCCCCUAG